AUGACUCAACGACCGUCAAGGAUUUCUAGGUCCUCUGGUAACAUUUCCUUUAAUAAUCCAUCCGCACCUGGCAUUCACAAUUUUCGUAUUGGGCUUUCUGAGUCCACAGAACAACAACAGAACCCUCUUCGGGCUGCCUUUUUGGAAAAUCAAAUUUCUUGCUUGGCAUUGCAGCAUUAUUCUGUUAUUCAGGAACUCCAUUCUCGGCUUUCUUCUCUUACUCAAGAAAACGAUAAUCUUCGUUCUGAAGUUGCCGCAUUAAAAGAUCAAAUGAAAAUCAAAGAGGAACAUAUGAAAAUCCAAGAAGUUGCCCUCUCUAUUUCAAAUAAAGAAUUUUUUGAAUAUUUUUUUCCUGAUGGCCAAUUUUCUGUAAAUGGAAAUGGUCAAUCUUGA